AUGGCUUCAUCUAAACAUGCAUUCGGAUUCGGAGUUGUGGCUAUCCUCGUCACUCUCAUUCUCGCUCUUUCCGUUCCCGCCGCUGUUCACGCUCAAUCUCUUGCACCUGCACCUGCUCCUACCAGCGACGGUUCAUCGGUUGAUCAAGGAAUAGCUUAUUUGUUGAUGUUGUUGGCGCUGGUACUCACCUACAUAAUUCAUUCGGCGGAUAUUUCAUCUACCUUGUGA